AUGUUUGACGCUUGUCCCGGCGCAGAACUGGUCAUUUCCACGAUUUCAACAGGAAAGCCCAAAGAGGGUGAGAGGUGCAGGAUAUCUCCAGCCCCUUCCUUAUUCUUUAAUCGUUUCCGUGCCAGCACCAAGGGAGACAAGAGGAACCAAAUCAGCGACCUGCACAUGCUCAAUAUGGCUCAGCAGCUGAACACUGAAGAAGGGACCACAUUAAUUCCUCCGCAAAAAGUUGCUGGAGAAUCAAGAAGUUCAAUGAUAUCAGCGUCCUUCAAUUUUAUCAAUUCCAUCAUAGGAUCGGGAAUCAUAGGUUUACCAUUUGCACUGAGCCAGGCAGGGCUCCCCUUUGGCCUCCUGCUUUUGAUAGUUGUUGCGUUCAUCACAGACUACUCAAUCAUCUUAUUAAUUAAAGGAGGCAACCUGUCAGGGACAAACAGUUAUCAGUCACUUGUGCAAAGCACAUUUGGUUUCCCUGGAUUUCUGAUUUUAUCUGGACUGCAGUUCCUUUAUCCUUUCAUUGCUAUGAUUAGCUACAACAUCACAACUGGUGACACACUUACCAAAGUAUUUCAGAGAAUACCAGGAGUUGGUCCAGAUCAUAUACUCGCAGAGCGUCACUUUGUGAUCCUGCUCUCAACGGUUGCAUUCACACUGCCUCUCUCACUUUAUCGAAACAUAGAGAAACUUGGGAAGGUGUCCUUCCUGUCAAUGGUGCUGACACUUACCAUCCUCAUCAUUGUAAUCAUCAGAGCAGCUACCUUUGGACCCCAAAUCCUCCCUACAGAGAAUGCAUGGGCAUUUGCAAAGUGGAAUGCAAUUCAGGCAGUCGGUGUAAUGUCCUUUGCCUUUAUAUGCCACCACAACAGCUUUCUUAUCUAUGGUUCCCUGGAGCAGUCCACACUAGCAAACUGGUCGCGAGUCACCCAUGUCUCGGUCGGUUCUGCGCUAAUAAUCAGUGCAGUAUUUGCUGUUGCUGGCUAUACCACCUUCACCGGCUACACACAAGGAGACAUAUUUGAGAACUACUGCAGAAAUGAUAACCUGGCAACAUUUGGUCGCUUCUGUUUUGGCCUCAGCAUAAUAACCACAUUUCCACUGGAGUGUUUCGUUACACGGGAGGUGGUAUCCAAUGUCAUUUGCAGUCGGGAUCUUUCCAAAGCUGAACAUGUGGCCAUAACCUUGCUCAUAGUUGCAGUUUGCACAUCAGUGUCAUUGGCCUAUGACUGUCUCGGAGUUGUUUUGGAGCUGAAUGGUGUUCUGAGCGCCACACCUCUGAUCUUCAUCAUUCCAUCAGCGUGCUUCCUCAAACUCUCCACUGGCCGCUGGUUCCAGGGCGAAAACUUGAUACCCUCCAUACUGAUAAUUAUUGGCUUAUUUGUCAUGAUCACCGGGUUGACCAUGACUGGCCUCUACCCUCAAGACUGCUCACACGGUAUGGAGAUGUUCUACUGUGCAGAUGCCAAUAUCUCUGGCACUGUACCACCUGUAUGA